AUGAAGACGGCCGUUGCAGUAGCUAUCGUUCUGUCCCUGUGUGGAGCUUUUCCGUUCGUCUCAGUCGCCUUGCCGGUAGCCGAAGAUGGACAAAAUGAAAGUGCGACGACUGCUACCGAACCUCUAAUAUCCACGACCGAAAUUUUGCUACCGACCUCCGACAAACCAAUAGAGUCCUCAACUGAGAAUGUGGUCCAGACCACCGCUGAWCCUACAGAUACUACGACUGAAAUUGUGUACGACACCACUACCGAACCAGCAGAGUCCACGACCGAGAAUGUGGCCCAGACCACUGUUGAGCCUACAGACACCACGGCCGAAAUUGUGUACCAGACCACUACUGAAUCAGUAGAGCCGACGACCGAAAUUGUGGUCCAGACCACCACCGAACCAUUMGAAUUGACCAGCGUUAACGCGGAAGUUAGUGAAUCAACAACAGCGGUUAAUAACACGAUGCCAGUAGAAGUUGUCAAAGAUAAGCUGAGCGAACAGAUCAGAAAAAUUCUGAAACACUACCAGCGACCUGACCCCGUUGGCUUUCCAGGUGCCCCAAUUCCCGAUCCACUAAGCAUACCCCCAAUGAACAAAGACUUUGGCAUGGCGUACAUGACGUUCAAAAACAUGACCGUACACGGGCUGUCCAAGUUCAAAGUGGAAAACGUCAACACGGACUURAAGAAUAUGCGGGUUUAUGUGCUUCUGAAAAUCAAGAGGAUGUACGUCCUAGGAAACUACACGUUGAGGUCGUGGCUGAGCCGACCGGCGUCGGGCCCGUUCAACGUGACGCUCAUCGACGUGGAAGCCGCCGCUGAGGCUGCGCUCGAACCGGACGAGGACGGCAACCUGCAAGCCACCGAGACGGAGAUGGACAUGCAGUUCAAGGACUGCGAGCUGGACUUCAAAAACCUCGGGUUCGCCGCUUCMAUGAUGCAGGGCGUCAUCAGCACAAUGGGGUCGGUGCUGUUCGAGGGCAUCAAGCCGUUUAUCAUCAGCGAGGUGAACACCAACCUGCGGGCGGACGUCAACGCCCAGGUGAAGGCCAUCACUAGCAAGCUGCCCAAGAUGACGGUGCCAGUACCGGACCUGGCGGUUGCCGAAGGCCGGGCGUACGUCCGGCGGAUGGGCUUCGACCCGUACCACAUCGCCGACCGACACAUCGCCGAGGGCCCACUCAACUUCACGAUCACCGAGCUCACCGUGUCCGGGCUGUCCAACUUCAAGCGGGUGGGCGACAUCGGGCUGCAGAUCCGCGGCCCCGUGCUCCARWUGUCCGUGCACGUCAUCACCGGCGCGGUCAACGGGUCGCUGCGGUGGAGCUACCUGCUGGGCCUGACCAAGACGUUUGGCCGAGCGGGCGUGUCCAAUUUCACCGUAGACCACAUMCAGGUCCGGGCUCUGGUCAACCAGACGUUGGACAUCCGCAACAAGCCGGUGCUGGAGAAGCUCGACAUCGAGGUCGGCAAGAUCGAGGUGCAGAUGGACAGGAAGGAGCCGCUCGACUACGUCAUCGAGAUUGCAGUCAACUCGYUACCGUCGCUGUUGCGGCACAUCAUCGUCGACGCGCUCGAGGAACCCAUCAAGAUGAAGGUGCAGACAAUACUGGACGACGUUGAAGUCGAAAAAAUGGUAGAAGACAGGCUGCCCGAACUCGACMGGAUGGUCGGYGAUUGAUUGUCCACUCACCCACUCUCACACACCCACCCUAUCAUCAUCGAUCCUUUUCCAUCCACCCACCAGACCGCAAGUUCUUUUUGAAAGUUAUGUGAUACCGCAAAUAUAGAAAUGAUACAUGAUAAUAUAAUAUUUUUAGCCACCUGCACAGGUACGAUAAUUGGUAUCAAUAAUAUGUACCAAUAAAUAUACAUUGUCUCUGCUGUA